AUGGACUACGUUAUUACCCUCGGGUUUUUUCAAAGCCGAUGUGAUGCCUCUCUCUUCAUUCUUCACCAAGGCCGUGAUGUUGUUUUCUUACUUCUAUACGUGGACGACAUAAUACUAGUCACCUCUUCGGAUCACCUACGUCAUCAACUAAUGGGGUAUCUAGCGACUGAAUUUUCUAUGAAAGACCUCGGACCCUUAAGUUUUUUUCCCGGGAUAUCGGUCACUAGGAAUGGGAACUCUAUGUUUCUCUCUCAACAAAAGUAUGCUCAUGAGAUCAUUGAACGUGCAGGUAUGUCAUCAUGCAAACCGGUUUCUACACCAGUUGACACCAACACAAAGUUGAGCGCCUCUGGUGACACUUUUCGUGACCCUACCCUCUAUCGGAGCCUUGCCGGGGCACUUCAGUACUUAACGUUCACGCGUCCAGACAUUAGUUAUGUUGUUCAACAACUGUGCAUGCACAUGCAUGCGCCGAAAGAUCCUCAUUGGCUGGCUUUAAAAAGGGUCCUUCGGUACAUUCAAGGUACUACCUCCUACGGUCUCACGCUCGGAUCUACGGCUGCCCCGACACUCCUAGCGUACACAGACGCUGAUUGGGCGGGUUGCCCUGAUACACGUCGUUCCACGAGCAGCUACUGUGUUUAUUAUGGCGAUAAUCUCAUCUCAUGGUCAUCCAAAAGGCAACCAACAAUCUCCAGAUCCAGUGCAGAAGCUGAAUACCGAGGAGUUGCUAACGUUGUUGCUGAGAUAUGCUGGUUGCGCAACCUACUGUUAGAAGUUCAUCAUCCGCUGACCCGCGCCACCAUUGUCUACUGCGACAAUGUCAGUGCCAUUUACUUAUCCGGCAAUCCGGUACAACAUCAACGAACGAAACACAUCGAGCUUGACAUUAAUUUGUUCAGGAACAGGUCCAGAAAGGUCAAGUUCGGGUUCUUCAUGUGCCAUCUCUUUAUCAAAUAG